AUUUCCCUUCAUAAUAAAAUAAAAUUAAAAAUAAUUAAAAAAAAUUGCAGUGCCUGUGCUUGUUUCUUGUUUCCCCUAUUAUCUUCUCUACUAAAUGGAACGCAACGAGAGCUCGUACUUGCAGCAGCAGCAGCAGCAGAACACCACCGUGACGGCGUCGCCGACUAACGGGGUUUUGGGAAGCAGUGAUGGGUCCCACUCUCACUCCCAUUCGGAAGUGCAAGUAGAGGCGGCGAAGAGGAAGCGAGGGAGGCCCAGGAAGUACGCUUCCCCAGAAGAAGCUCUAGCCUCUAAGAAGGCUGCUACUACGUCGUCGUUUCAAUCUUCCAAGAAAUCCCACUCCUCUCUUCCAGGCAAUGCAGGACAAGGCUUCACUCCACACAUCAUUACUGUUGCUGCUGGUGAGGAUGUUGGCCAAAAAAUUAUGUUGUUCAUGCAACAAAGCAGGCGUGAGAUCUGCAUUCUGUCUGCAUCUGGUUCCAUCUCUAACGCCUCUCUUCGUCAGCCAGCAACAUCAGGAGGCAAUAUUACAUAUGAGGGUCGAUUUGAAAUUAUUUCACUUACUGGUUCCUAUGUCCGUAAUGAACUUGGAGGUCGGAGUGGUGGUCUCAGUGUAUGCUUAUCCAAUACUGAUGGGCAAAUCCUAGGUGGAAGCCUUGCUGGACCCCUUAAAGCCGCUGGUCCAGUUCAGGUCAUUGUUGGUACAUUUUUUAUUGACCCCAAGAAGGACGCUAGUGCUGGAGUAAAAGGUGAUGUUUCUACCAGCAAGUUGCCACCACCAGUUGGUGAAUUAGUAUCAAGUUUGGAUUUCCGCUCAGCUGUUGUUUCUUCCAGUGGGAAUUCAAUCAGGGGAAAUGAGGAGCAUCAAGCUAUUGGGGGAAGCCAUUUCAUGCUUCAACAAUGUGGUGUAAAUGUGACACCUUCCUAUCCCUUGGACUGGGGAGUUCGUCCGGAUUCAAGAAGUGUUGGCUUUGAACUGACAGGAAGAACAGGUGAUGGGGCACACCAGUCUCCUGAGAAUGGAGACUAUGAUCAAAUUCCUGAUUGAGAUGUCUUUUUGGUUAUGACAAAGACCAAUCUGUGGUAGAUAGAUUAUUUAUGAUAUCUCUACUUACCAGCAAUCUUUAUAAUUUGAGGAAUGCUAAAGAAGUGUAUAUUUAAUAACAUUUGAAGUUUUGAGAGUUUUAAAUUGGUCUUCUCUGUUUUUUCUUUAUCUCCUCUUUAGAAAUUAGAUGAUUAUUUGGAUGAAAUUUUUAUGAGAAUUUA